UUAAACUUCCUACUAGAUAGAUAACUAAACCUAUUCGUGAAAUUUUCAUAUUUAUAGUGCCUACAUAUUAUUUUGAACAAACGUUAACUUUAACCAACGUGAAUGGAUUUUCAAUGUAAAGUUGAAUGCUUAAAUUGAAUUGAUGUGUUAUUGCGUGUGGCUGAUGGUGAUGUACUUAUUGUGAUAACCAAUGACACAUCAAAAUAAUAAGAAAUAUGCUCUCUAUCAUUGCUUUUAUUGGAUUUAUGUUACUGGAAUGUCAAAGCGAAGGUCAGACAAUGAUUCCCUUGACGACCGCGAUUAAAUCGUCAAAUAAUCUACCUUUAACACCGGAGUCUCAAUGGAGUCUAGAACAUGUCGCAGACAGUAAAAUCGGAGCUGGUGACACGUGCAACUGUUGCACUGCAAUUCAAAGGCCUGCUGUGUUGCAGUUAUACCUGCUAAAACCGUACAUUAUAUCGCAAAUUGUUCUUCUGGGUCGGAGCGAUACAAGGCCUGGCCAGUUUACAAACAUGACUGUGUCUGUUGGGUUGCAAAAUGCGUCGCUGAGCGCAUAUUCUAUCUUUUUCUAUAAUGGAUCAUACGCAGGAGUUACAUUUGAUCCCCCGAUUGCGGUUCAAAUAUUCAAAAUUGAAGGACAUGGCAACACCAGUUACAUGACAAUUUGUGAGAUUCAAGCGUUUCAGCAUACAGAUAAUCUGCUUAUCGGACUACCAACUCAGUCUUCUUCAUAUAACGAGAACAACGUACAAUGCAUUUCUUCGAACGCGUUUAGUAAGGAGACCGAUGAUACACUCGGAGACGUGUGCAAAAUAUGCAGCAUUUCAUACGGUAAUCCCCCUUGGUGGGAGGUAGAUCUUGGUGCAAUUUAUCCAAUACAGGCGAUACGAGUUGUUGGACGUAAAGGUAAUAACGAUCCAACACAGUAUUUGGAAGCAACUGUAAGCAACAUUUCGAUGACUAGCGCUUCAACAGGUCGACCUUUAAAUGUUGCUUCGGACGAAAAGGGACUAUUUUUGACAUUUAAUCCUCCUCCAUCCGUUCGCUUCUUGAAAAUCAGUUCGGAGCAUACUCUAUAUUUGUCUCUUUGCUUAAUAGAGAUUUAUCAAGAAUGCGAAACCGGUAAAUAUGGACUGAAUUGUUCAGACCUAUGUAGUAUAAAUUGUAAUACUCCGAUGGCGUGUGACAAGUUAAAUGGAACAUGUUUUGGAGGCUGCCGUCCGGGAUUCGACUUCAACAAAUCUGCGACCUGUAACGUAGAAUGUGACAAUGGCACGUAUGGAACCAACUGCUCGAAGGAAUGCAGUCAACAUUGUUCACCUCAAUUAUCAUGUGACAAGUCUAACGGAGCAUGUUUCGGACAUUGCCGUCCAGGGUUUAACUUCACUAGGGAUGUGACCUGCAACAUUGAAUGUGACAAUGGAACCUUCGGCGACAAUUGUGGUGAGAUUUGCAGUGCCAACUGCAAAAAUCCUACACUAUGUAACAAAACAGACGGAACCUGCAUUGGUGGAUGUCGUUCCGGAUAUGACUUUAAGAAAAAUGCAACGUGCCAUCAAGAAUGCGAAACCGGUAAAUAUGGACUGAAUUGUUUAGACCUAUGUAGUAUAAAUUGUAAUACUCCGAUGGCGUGUGACAAGUUAAAUGGAACAUGUUUUGGAGGCUGCCGUCCGGGAUUCGACUUCAACAAAUCUGCGACCUGUAACGUAGAAUGUGACAAUGGCACGUAUGGAACCAACUGCUCGAAGGAAUGCAGUCAACAUUGUUCACCUCAAUUAUCAUGUGACAAGUCUAACGGAGCAUGUUUCGGACAUUGCCGUCCAGGGUUUAACUUCACUAGGGAUGUGACCUGCAACAUCGAAUGUGAAAAUGGAACGUUUGGCGACAACUGUGUCGAGAUUUGCAGUACCAACUGCCAAAACCCUAAACUAUGUAACAAAACAGACGGAACAUGCAUUAUAGGAUGUCGUGCCGGAUAUGACUUUAAAAAAAAUGCUACGUGCCAUCAAGAAUGUGACGACGGCCAAUACGGUUUUAAUUGUACAAACUUGUGCCCAAACUGUUUUGGAACGUGCAACAAAACAGACGGAGCCUGUUUAGGAGGAUGUAUUCCUGGCUAUGACUUCAAAAGGAACAAGACUUGUACUGAAGCAUGCACAACUGGUUACUAUGGAUCACUGUGUAAUUCAACCUGCCACUGCCAGGACGUAAAAACAUGUGAUCCUAUAUCUGGUAUAUGUUCUAACGGCAUGUGCGCCCCUGGGUGGAAAUUAGACAACUGCAGUACAGAAUGUGAGAAAGGUCAUUAUGGACUGAACUGUUCACAGACCUGCGACAACCACUGCUCUGAUCCCUUAUCUUGUGACAAGGCCGAUGGAACAUGCUUUGAGGGGUGUAUUUCUGGAUAUGACUUUCAAACAAAUUCAACGUGUAAUGUUGAAUGCGCCGUUGGAAAGUUUGGAUUAAACUGUAAUCAAACAUGUAGCGAACAUUGCUCUGAACAUAAUUCCUGUAAUAAAACGGAUGGAUAUUGUAUUGGAGGAUGCACGCCUGGCUAUGACUUUCUAAAAAAUGCUUCUUGUAACAGAGAAUGCGCAAAUGGAAACUUUGGGUUGAAUUGUUCAAACGUCUGUAGUAAAAAUUGCGAAGACUCGAGCUUUUGUAAUAAAUCCAACGGAUAUUGCUUUGGAGGAUGCCGUGCUGGAUAUGAUUUUGAAAGUGAUCCCACUUGCAACAAAGAAUGUGACGAUGGCAAGUUUGGAAUAAACUGUAGCUAUCCAUGCAGCUAUCACUGCUUAGAAUCGCGGCCAUGCAACAAAACGGAUGGAGUAUGUAUUGGAGGAUGUUCCCCUGGGUACAAUUUCAAACCUGAUCAGCAAUGUAAUUUAGAAUGCGAAAACGGAAAAUACGGUAAAAAUUGUGCCACGGACUGUAAUUGCAACUAUUGUCACCACGUCAAUGGGUCUUGCACCGUGUUCGCAAACAGUUGUUUCACCGGAUUCACCUUGGGACUUGCCGACAUUUGCACUUCGUGCAAUCCUGGGCUUUAUGGCGAUAACUGUUCAAUGGAGUGUCACUGUGAUAGAUGUGAUAAUGUAAAUGGUUCAUGCGCCUUGUUGUCUUUCGUUUGUCAUGACGGGUUUCAUUUUGAACAAGGACUUUGCAAAGCUGACGACGUUGACAGUUCAUCAUCUGCCGCAGUAGGUGGUGGAGUUGGAGCUGCAGUUGGCGUCAUUGUAGCUAUCGCUGUGGUCGUCAUCGUCUUAAGAAGGCGUCAUAUGUUGAAACGAAACACAGAGCAACAUGAUACUGCCGAAAUGACUGAUAUUUCUAAAACCUUGCGUACUUCAACCGGGCACGAUAACUUUGCUUAUUCAGAUGCUGCUGGCCACAAAAUAUAUGAAAAUCCCGACAUCGACGACUAUUACAGUUUUAAAUCCGUUGUACCAGGAAUCAAAGUUCAUUUAUUGUGGGACUAUAUCCGAGAGAAAACAAAACAUGGAUCCUCGUAUUUUGCGGAUGAAUUUUCAAAGUUAUCAAAGGGAUUGAUUUACAAACACGAUGUUGCUUCUUUGCCGGAAAACAGAGGAAAAAAUCGAUACCGGGAAAUGUUUGCAUAUGAUCAUUCCCGAGUUCCAUUGACUAAGGACAAAUCAACCGACUCCGAAUAUAUCAACGCAUGCUUCAUUCACGGCUUCGAAAAGGUGAAAAAAUUCAUUGCAUCCCAAGGACCGACGGAAAAAAUGAUAGAUGAUUUCUGGCGGAUGAUAUGGCAACAACGCGUGGAGAAGAUCGCCAUGCUAACAAACCUAAUCGAACUUGGAACGUUAAAAUGCCUUCAAUACUGGCCAGAAGAACUCAACGGUGUUAGCACUUUCGGCGAUGUGAGUGUCAAGUAUAUUGGGGUUAAGGAAACAUACGACUACAUCAUCAGAACGUUUAACAUCAACAAGGGCAAAGAGACACGGCUGGUGAAACAGUUUCAUUUAAAGACAUGGCCAGAUAAAGACGUACCAGACACUACCUGGUGUCUUCUCGAUUUCUGGAGAGCAGUUGACACUAACGUUUCUUCCAAUACCUCGCCUAUUGUUGUGCAUUGCAGUGCUGGAGUUGGUCGGACAGGAACAUUUAUUGCCCUUGAUAACUUAAUAAUACAAGGAAGAAUGGAAUGCUCUGUCAGGCCUUUUCCUAUGGUCGAAGCAUUGAGACAACAGCGGGUCAGCAUGGUUCAAACCAAGGAACAGUAUGUGUAUCUGCACGAAGCCUUGGCCGAGGCUCUUCUUAUAGGAACACACCACACGCUAACGAGACAGUUUGAGGAUAUCUACCAGUAUAUUAUCGGCACGGAAAAGGGUUCUAAUAGUUCGCGUAUGGACGAACAAUUUGAUUUGAUAAUGAGAAGUGUAGAGGACAGCGCUAUAGAAGUGUAUCCAACUGCAUCAUCCGAGCCAAUGUACGGCAAUGUGGAAACUGCUAUGUUAGAAAUAGACGCGUACCGUCCCCAAUUGAUGAAGCGGGGAUCAAAGUUCAUCCAACAGCUAGGAACUAUGUUACUCCCGACAAUCGGAAAUACGAAUGCCCUGCUCGUGUGCAUGUCGCCCACCGACCAACACCUGGAAGAGUUCUGGUCCUUAGUCGAGGAACAGCAUGUUACUACGGUGAUCAGUCUUGCUGCGCACGGAAGCGAGCCAUAUGAGACCUGUCAGUAUUUGGGUGCUCGAGGAAGCGGCCGGGUCGGACAGUUUUCUGUCAAUUACAUUCAUGAAAAGAAAAACAAAGGCAGUGUGGAAAGAACUUUCUCAUUCAGAGAUGAGAAUCAUGAGGAUGAAGACUACAUGACCACAAUAAAGCAGUUCCAGUUAACCUCCUGGUUGGAGGGACAUGACACACCUUCAGAUAUGCAGUCAUUCCUUGAUCUGCUUGAGGAGGUACUGAAGUGGCAACCCCACCUCUCCGACAAAAGACCAAUUAUGAUCCAUUGCCAAACUGGUUUUAUGCGCUGCGGACCAACCGCGUUGGUCCUGAACGAGAUACAGCGAAUCAAAAAAGAAAAUGGCCAAAUAAACAUUGUGGAAUCUGUCAAAACAAUGAAAACCAGGUGUCGGGAUUUGAUCCAAAACAAGACACAGUACAGAUUUUGUUACGAAGCCAUAUUGACCUAUAUAAAGAACUAUGGGACCUACCAAAACCUCUAAACCAGUCAAUACAGACCUUGUACAAUCUUAAAAAACGCACGCAAUGGCGGUCGUCAUGGUCCAGGAAAAGGAUUUGGGAUUGUGCGAUGUUAAUGGAUAUAUUAUAUGGUAUCGUAUUGUAAGUUACAUACAUUCAACUGAUUAGUAUUGCACGAAUUAUUUUAUAGUUAUCACGUUUUGUGCACAUAUAUGUUAAUCGGAAUGAAUAUUAUUUAUUUUUUUUAAUUGUUUUUAUGUAACUAUCGUUUUGUCUAAUCACAUUUAAAAUUUAAGUUUUAAGCUGAUAAACAAUUAAAACAAAAAUAUUGGCAUUUUUACUAAUGCAUAGCAGAUUACAUAUUUCCCUUAAUCAACUGUUCAGUUUUGGGUGUAUAAUACGCAGGGUUUUUUGAAAUUAAGGUUGUUUACUUGUUUUGUUUUGUUUUUAUACUGUAAAAAUAGUUUGUACAAGGUUUGUAUUCAAUGUUUAUGUACGUUUUAACAAGAACGGCUACCGUCUGCACUAUUGAAAUCUCACAACAUAAAAAGAAGACGAUACUUCGAGGAAAAAAGAACUGAAAGUGCGAUCGCAUCUUUAGUAAAUUCUGUUCUUACUUACAAGUUACUCCUGCAUCAUUUACAAUUGAUCUAUUGGUAACAAUACAUGUGUCUUAAGAUUUCGUUUUUGUUUAAAUUAAAGUUUUAUUUCAACUAAGACGGUGUGCUUCCAUACAAGUUUUAUUAUAGAUUUAAAGCUUUGUUAUUGGAAGACUAAUGGUCAUAACUUAUAUCCAAAGCUUUUUAUAUCUAUGCAAAUAUAUGUUUUAUCAAUCACAUACCAUUUCUAUGCAUUACACGCAUUAAAUUGGUAUCAGAAUUUGUUUUAUAUGUACAGAGUAAAUAAUGUGCAGGAACUAGUGUUUUUUAAAAGGAUGAUAUUUGUGUUAAUAUAUAUGUUUUACUUUCAAAUGUAUCGUUAAAUAUUACACAAAACAGGUUUAAAUAUUUACAUAUUCAUACGCCAUACUAGUAAUACUUAAGAUUUGUUUUUAUAUUUUUUCGGUUUAAGCAAACAUCAUAAAUUAGUGACAAUUGGACUAUGUUGUAGUGUUUUGUAUUAUUCUUAUUUUUAAAUGCGUAAACAAACUUAUUGUUUUGAACUGCGUUUAAAAUAUUUAUUGAAAUGAAUAUGCGUUAAUACUUUAUUGUAAUUAAACCAGCAUCUUCAUUUAAAUCAAACGUAUCAUCAACUCUCGAAAAACGAAUUAAAAAUCUUAAAAUGCUAUAAUACGUUUAACAAAUAACGUUCUUCCUACGGCAAGCGAAGUCCACUUUUAUUGUCUUAAACCACGGUUUAACAGUUAACUAUAUAGUUAAUAGACUUUGAACCCGGUUCAAAGUGCCUUUUGCACAUUAAUUCCUUAAACCCGGGUUCAAGACUUUGAACCGCGGUUCAAAGUCUCUUAACUCUAUUGUUAAGAAACAACCAAUGAUAUCGUGACAUUAACCUUCUAAUUGUGGUUUAAGCUCCGCUGAUUGGUUGUCUCUGCAUUAUGAAGAUAAGAGAUUUGUAUCUAUUUUUAGACACACUUUGAACCGCGGUUCAAACUCUUAUACCCGGGUUUAAGAAAUAAAUGUGCAAACGGAACUUUGAACUCGGGUUCAAAGUCUCUUAACCCUAUAGUUAACUGUUAAAUAAUUAAUGUACAUUCCGCGCGUCUUAACCCUUGUUUAAGACUUUGAACCACAGUUAAAGACUUUGAACCACAGUAUAAGACUUUGAACCGCAGUUUAAGACCUUGAACCGCAAUUCAAAGUCUCUUAACCCUAUAGUUAAGAACUCGGGUUUAAGGAAUUCAUGUGAAAACGGCAAUUUGAACUCGAGUUCCAUGUGUCUUAACUAUAUAAUUAACUGUUAAAUAAUUAAUGUGCAUACUUGAUGUGCGCCUCUUAACCGCAGUAUAAGACUUUGAACCGCAGUUCAAAGUCUUUUUACCCUAUAGUUAAGAGAUGACCAAUGAAGUCGCGACUUUAAUCUUCUAAUUGUGGUUUAAGCUCCGCUGAUUGGUUGUCUCAGAUAACAGAUUUUUAUCUAUUUUUAGACACACUUUGAACCGCCGUUCAAAGUCUUGAACCCGGGUUUAAGGAAUUAAUGUGCAAACGGAACUUUGAACCCGAGUUGAAAGUCUCUUAACUAUAUAGUUUACUGUUAAACCGCGGUUAAAGGAAUUAAUGUGCACUUGGCUUGCCAUAUCUUCCCAUUGGAUACAUUGUGUUGCUAUGUUUGCAAAUUUUCUUUGCAUUUUAUGAUAUAGCUCUCAUUCUAAAUUGAUAACACCAAUUAUGAAAAUCACGUUAAAUUGUAGUCUAAGCCAAACUAUGCAUUAGUAAAUAAGUUGACAUUUCAAUUAAUCGAUGCCUAUUUAUCAAUUUACCGAAAUUGUAAAAUUCCAUGACGUGAUCUGGUUGGUCGAUUUCUUAUACACGUAACCUGUCUAAAUAUGUGUAUAUUUUCUAAAGAGCUAGUUAAUGUCAUCAAUACGUAGAGCAGCUAAUUAAAUUACAUUUUGUUUGAAUAUUCCGUGAAUUCUGACAUUUAUAUUGGAUUUGACUUUAAACAUUUGUCUUUAAUAGGGAAACAAAUCUUGCUGAUUUAAAUUAAUAUGUUCUUGACAAGAAAGAACCUAUUAAAUCAUAUGAUUACUAAUGUGAUUGAUAUUUCGUUUAUUAUUUCAAUAUAUUAUAGAAUAUUUCACAUUAAUACUACUAUAACCAAAAGGGGUAAAACGUAAGAUAGAUGUAAUGUGUAUAUGAUAGCAUUAUACUUUUCAACAUUCAUACUUUCUUUUUUAUUGUUGGUGACGGGAAAUAACUUUCGUGCAUGUGUGCUGUAUUAGUUUUUGCUAUAGAUACGAAUAAAACAUACGUACUCGAUAAUAAGUAUGUUUUAUGGUUUAUUGAUUCAUCGGUAUUAAAACAAAAAUGGCAUAAUAAUACAAGCUAACGAGUAGCUGCGUCUUCAACUUAUAACAUAGUGACUCUUGGACGCCAGAAUGUAAUUCCAAUGCAGAAUAUAUAAUAAGUUCAAAUAUAUUAUCAUAUGUUCAUAUAAUGCUUUAAAAAAUAUUGUGUAUUCAUUUGUAAAAAAUAUUUAUUUAAGACGCUUCUUACUGUGUGUGCUUCAUAAAUCAAUGUAUCUCAUCACCAAAAGUUGUAUAUGUGAUAUAUAUUGGGACAUUUGAUUCUAUGUUUAGCGUCCACAUGACUUUUCGAAAUUAAAAAUCAGUCAGAAAUAAACAAACGACCAGUCUAUAAACAAAAUGGUAAAAAAUAUGUCCCUGACCUCUUUUCACUUGUAUGGAAAGUAUUCUUAAAAUAUAAGGGUAGUUUAGAGGAACAUGAGCAAUAUUAAGACUAUGGACCUUAAAAAAUAUUUUAUGUGUGGUAUUAUGUUAAAUAAAAAUCACAGUAUCAAUCUUACAAAAUACACUUCUGUUAAUAUGCACGACAUAUCAGCUUAAGUUCAGUUUUUUUAUUAUUUACCAUUACUCAUGUAUUUUCAAAGUAUUGUAUUUAUCCUUAUUAAAUGGUACCGCCUAAAGACAUAUGUUAAACACUGGUAUUAAAAUCUAACAAGAUA